AUGCAAAUCUGCGAGAGGGUAGAAGAACAGUUGGCCCAAUACCUGGUGCUUCGCCGAAGCUCAGCAAGACGCUCGGCAACCCCCGUCUACGCAGCCCAUCAGUGGUCUUGCUUAACGACGCCCCGCUAUGGCACAUCUAUGGCACCCCUCUUGAAGUCAUUCAAGCAAGUUGCUUCGAAGAGCACACAAAUACUCCAGAUAUGCGAGGAAGUGAUAAAGGAGACUGCACCAGAGAAAGGCGAAGACCACCGUAGUAUUCAACAGAGGCUGGGAGAGUUCCCAGUUCACCUAACACGAUCAGGAGAGUCCAUUGGUGAAGAACGUGGAGGAAGCGAACUCCCGCUGAACACCAAACUUUUUGGCACUUGCUGCAUCAAUAACCAUGGUUUUGAUAUGGUCUGCCCUGUGCCGGACCCCUGGCAACAAAGCAGGGAUGGUAGGGUUGGUGCAACGGAGGCUUUCCUACAGUCAGCAUGGUUCAAUGGAGGCGGCACCGUGUUUUCCACAGGCUUCUACAGGGACGACAUUUUCGCCUUUACGCGGAGUUGGUUGGAGGCGGCACCGUGUUUUCCACAGGCUUCUACAGGGACGACAUUUUCGCCUUUACGCGGAGUUGGUAACACAUAUACAAGUACAGUUACUGAUGCGUUAGGGCAGCAGGAUGUUUCUGAGCUUCCACUGGAGUCACUUAGGUGGACAGAGCCUAUGGCACAUGUUCUAGAACAGGCUACAGCUCCACAGCACCCAGGUGAGCCAGCGUUGCGGAGUUCUGCUGGGAAGUGGAAGGAAGACGGGGGAGAUUUUCCAGGACAUCCUUGGUUUACACCGUCGUGGGUUCCGUACGAUGUUUCGCACCGGAAUCAUUUUGGCUCCAGAGCCACUGGAUUUGAUGCGACGCUACGGCAGUCUCGGUCUGCCUGUGAGCGAACCGAAACCAGGAAAGAGACAGUUUUGGGCGAAGCUGCACAACUGAACUUACAGCAUAUCAUUGGGGGCAGUUCUUUACCAAUGGGAGAAGCUGACGUUGCGUCGGUUGUGCCGGGUUCGGAUGCUGCUAAAUCUCCGCAGGAUUUAAUGCCUGUGGAGACAGACCCGGUGAAUCUACCGGAAAUGGCAGAUGAUCAGACCACAGCAACCGCGUUCCGAAGUAGGAAGAUAGCUGAAAUUGCGAACAUGCUAUCACUUGCUGCCGAGGAAUUCGAGAGGGGUUUGAAGGGCGUUCAGGAGCGGUUGGAGCCGGUCUCCUGUGGGCAGUUUAUUGCUCAGGGGCAGCCCCAUGGGGACGCACCCGUGCAACGAAUUCUGUCCCAGUCGCCUAUGUGCUCUUCUGGAGCAGGGUGUGGGGCAAGCCAGCCUAUACAGCCGCUGAUGAUGAGUAGCCCUGCAUAUAGUGGCGACAGUGGGCGGCUGGGGCAAGCCAGCCUAUACAGCCGCUGA